AUGCGUGGAGAGGCAGCCGGGGCCCGCGGCAAGGGAGCCAAGUCGGGUUCCAACUAUCCGGCCAUCAGCGCUGCCUAUUGGCUGCCGCCAUCUAACCCCACCCCCUACCAUGUACCAGGUUCGAUGUUCGCUUAUCACUCUACUAAAUACGAAACCCAGUCCCUUAUCACCAAAACGGUGUACAAGUCGGCAAUAGCCUUCAUUUUCAUUGAAUUUUCAUGUCUUUCAGGAUUAUAG